AUGAUCGCCACCCCAGACGACGACACCAAGGGCACCGCGCAGUCCCACACGCCCCGUACGCCGCCUCUCUCUGCUGCUCUUGAGGCCUUUGCUGAUACCCCUCAAGCUGCCGAAAACGCCGGGGACGCCGCCGCCGGCGAUGAUGCCGACCUCGAUCUCGCCCUGCUGAAAAAGAAGAAGAAGAAGGCCAAGAAGGCGGAGGAGGCCGCUGCCGAUGAGGAUGAGGACGCCGCCCCGGCCGGCGAGGAGGGCGACCUCGACCUGGCCCUGCUGAAGAAGAAGAAGAAGAAGCCCAAGGCUGGCUCCAAGAACGAGUUUGCCGAGAAGCUCGAGGCCCUCAACCUCGACGACGCCGAGGCCGAGGACGCCGGUGCCGAGGACGAGGGCGACAUGGAGAAGGGCACCGGCUGCUGGCAGCACGACGAGACCAAGACCAUCCGUUUCGACCCCCUGCUCUCCCGCUUCUUCGCCCUGCUGGCGCAGAAGAACCCCGACCACGCCCUGAGCGGCUCCCGCUCCUACAAGAUCCCGCCGCCCCAGUGCAUGCGCGAAGGCAACAAGAAGACCAUCUUUGCCAACAUUGCCGAGAUCUGCAAGCGCAUGAAGCGUACCGACGAGCACGUCACGGCCUACCUGUUUGCCGAGUUGGGUACGACCGGCAGUGUCGACGGAAGCAGGCGGUUGGUCAUCAAGGGUCGUUUCCAGCAGAAGCAGAUCGAGAACGUGCUGCGGAAAUACAUCAUCGAAUACGUCACUUGCCGCACAUGUCGCUCUCCCGACACGGACUUGGUCCGUGGUGAGAACCGUCUGUACUUCGUCACCUGCAACUCUUGCGGUUCUCGUCGGUCAGUCCAGGCCAUCAAGACCGGUUUCUCUGCCCAGGUCGGCAAGAGGAAGAAGAUGCAGUAG